CACCUGGCUUGCAGCGGGGCAGGAGGCGGACGUUACGCAGGAGCAGGCUGUGCCUCGAAGGAGCACCAUCGCGGCACCCUCAGUGUGCCAGCUGUGAGAGGAAAGAAGUGACUUGCUGUGGUUUUAGGGGGCUUUUUGGCCAUGGUCCUCUGCUCUGAGCGAGAUCCGUGGUGGGCGUGAUUUAAAAUAAACUCUCCCUGCCUUUUGGUAUCUCCACAGUGAAUGGCCCCAAGCUGCUAGCUCCGUGUAGGCUUGAUAAUUUACUCACAUGGUUUUUUUGUCUGUAACAGGUUCUCCUACUAAAGCUUUUACGCAUUUAGGCUGGAAGUUGGAUUGUAAGUCAAAUACCAACUUGGCGGACGUUUGUCUAAAUCACAAAUCUUAAAAUGCAAUCACAAAACGGAGACUCGGACAAAGGCCUUGCUGCACAAGAGGUGUCAGGGGAGUCUGUGAACGACACCAGAAACGAAGCUACCCAAACAGAAAGUGAAGGCAAUUCUGUCAGCACAGUGUAUGGGCAACAAGUGCAACUAGAAGGUGCAGAGCAAGAAUCUGAAGAGAAGAGUAUCAAAAAUGCAAUUAAUCAAAGGCAGUCUAAAGACAGCUUGAGUGAGCAUAGCACUGGAGACACCUUCCGAAGAGUGCAAAAGGAUGUCAAAACUCAAGAGAAAGCCAUCAACUGUAUGUCCAGAGCAGAUCAACAGGAUGAACAAAAAUCAGAUGGUGAUCACCAAUCGGUAACCAACUCAUUCAGACAAAGGACAGAAGAAAAGAGGGGCUGUGUAAGAAUGACAAAAAAGAUUCUGCGAGACAUCUGUAAACAGCAGAAAUUAUACAUGACCCCAUACUUAAAUGAUACGCUUUACUUGCAUUAUAAAGGAUUUGACCACCUGGAGAAUCUUGAAGAGUAUACUGGACUGAAGUGUUUAUGGCUGGAAUGCAACGGCUUAACGAAAAUUGAGAAUUUGGAGGCUCUGACAGAGUUGCGUUGCCUCUACUUGCAACUCAAUUUAAUUAACAAAAUUGAAAACCUUGAUCCCUUACAAAAGCUGGAUUCCCUCAAUAUUAGCAACAACUACAUUAAGACCAUUGAGAACCUCUCUUGUCUGAAAGCCCUGCAGACCCUGCAGAUUGCUCACAACAAGUUACAAACAUUGGAAGACAUACAGCACUUGCAAGAAUGCCCAAGUAUUUCUGUUCUCGAUCUUUCCCACAACAAUCUAAGUGAUCCAAGUAUUAUAACUAUUCUGGAGACCAUGCCUAAUUUGCAUGUGCUGAAUUUGAUGGGAAAUCAAGUGAUAAAGAAAAUUGCUAAUUAUAGAAAAACACUUACUGUUCAACUAAAAGUACUAACAUAUCUGGAUGACAGACCAGUGUUCCCAAAGGACAGAGCCUGUGCAGAAGCCUGGGCUGUUGGAGGCCUUGAAGCUGAGAAAGCAGAAAGGGAAAAAUGGGAAACCAGAGAGAGGAAAAAAAUCCAAGAUAGCAUCGAUGCUUUAGCAGCAAUCAGGCAAAAAGCAGAGGAAAAGAAAAGGCAAAAGUAUAUGGAAGAAAGAGGUGCAAGAGCAGAAUGUGGAAAUGGAGAUACAACAGACAUCCGAGAAGGAGCACCUGCAAAUUCACAUGAUAGUGAUGGAAAUUCUAAUACAUCAGAGAUUUCAAAAAUAUCAGAAGAUGAAGAAACUCAAGAGAAGACUGAGAAAUUUAGAAAUGAAAGUUUUGAUGCUCAUGAUGAAGUGAUAACGCUUGUACCAAAUAGGGGAGACGAUAACACAGAUCUCCCAUCUGGAAAUAUUCCUGCUAGAAUGCAAGAGGAUGCACAAGAAUCAAACUCUUACAAACACUCAAACUUCAACAAGAAGGCAGAUGAUCUACCAGGAGAGAAGGCAGCGACUGCAAAGGCCGUGCUUCCUGAACUGGAUGAAUAUACUGAAGUUGAACAGGUGAAACUGGAAACACCGGAGAAACUUUAUCUUGACGAACUGCCUGAUUUAGAAGAUAUAGAUGUAAAUGAAUUUACCCCAGAAGAGGAAAUCUUUGUUCAAAAGCACGAAUAUCACCCAAAGAUUGAAAUCAUUUCUGAAAUGACAAAUGACAGCGAUUCUGUAUUAGAGGAAAACAAUAAAAGCAUGUAUGAGAAUUCAGCAGGAGAAGAAAUUCCAACAGCGAUUUUUUCAGAUGUGCGUAAGAUAAAUAAAGAGCACGAAAAGGAGCACUUAAGGCCCCUUCUUGAAAGCCUCUUUACAGAGCCUGCUAAUUCAGAAAGGCACUGGGAGACCAAAGAUAAACAAGCAACCCCCUCAAACCCCUUAAUACAAGAGGUUGUCAGCGAACCCAGGGAUAAUCUACUAUUGUCACCAGUCUGCAAUCAACCAAAUGGCCCAGGGGAAGAGGACAGUCAGAUUACAGUUACUUGCCCUGGGAAUGGCACUGAUGGUGAGGCACAGUGCCUGGCUGAGGGUGAAGGAUGUCCUCAUGAAGCACAAGAUGACCAGGGCUGUGAGAAUGGAUUAGAUGAAUCACUUUGAAAAAAACCCCAGACCAAAUCUGGAGCGCAGUGCCUGGCUGACUGCACGCAGUUGUUCUCAAAACGCAGAGCUCAGCAAUGGCACCAUUAGUUAGAACUGACAUCAUAGUUACAGUGGUAUAAACCCCACCAUCUUACACUGGAGGAGUUAGUGCUUCAGUCGGAGGCUGCCGCAGCCUCCAGCAUCUGGCCUUCAGGGCAGAACUUGUGGUUGUGUCAGCGUGAAAAAAGCCCUUAAUCCUCUGUAACCUGCAGGUAGCAACGCCUUGUGUUCCUGCUGCCAAAGCUGCCAGAGAUCCUGCGGCCUCCAGCUCGUCACGGCAGCUGGCAGUGUUUGCCACUUUGAAAGCGAGGGCACUACUGUUCUAAGGUUAAAUUCCACUCUCUGACAUCAUUUUUUCCCUUGUGUCCUUCUAGAAAUUGCUUAGUGAAAUGUUUAUAUCUUAGGGUUUCAUUACAUAUGUAG